GGUAAUGAUGGUUUGUGCGGAGAAUGCCUUGCAGAGUUGGCAAGGUCCGUCUUCUUCUUUAUCCUCUUCGUCUUCGUCUUCGUCUUCGUCUUCGAUCGGUAGAAAGAGAGAGGAAGCUACUGUGAUUCUUGCUUGGCAAUUUGGUGAAGGAACGUAGGAGUGAAAACAAUGCCACUUGCUCGGGUUAGAGUGAGGAAUGAGUAUGGCCUGGGUGCUCCAGAGCUAUACAGAGCAGCUAAUAGUGAAGAUCCGAAGGCUAUUCUUGAUGGAGUUGCAGUCGCAGGACUCGUCGGGAUUUUACGGCAGUUGGGUGAUCUUGCUGAGUUUGCAUCAGAGGUUUUUCAUGACUUACAGGAGCAAGUGAUGGCCACAGCUACUAGGAGCCAUAAAAUGAUGGUUCGGGUACAAAACAUCGAAACUGUGCUUCCUCCACUUGAGAAGGCUGUUAUGUCUCAAUUAAGCCACUUACAUUUUGCUUACACAGCUGGUUCUGAUUGGCAUCGCAAAAUGCGAACAGAGAAAAAUCAUCUCAUCUACAGUGACUUGCCAAAAUUCCUUGUGGAGUCUUAUGAAGAAUGCCGUGAUCCCCCACAUUUGCAUUUGCUCGACAAAUUUGACACUGGUGGCUCAGGAGCAUGUAUGAAAAGAUAUUCAGAUCCAUCCUUUUUUGGGAGGGUACUGGCUAGUUCUGCAACCACUGAUGUUGACAAAGUUAAAAGAGAAAAGAAGGCUCGUAAAACUAAGAAAAGGGGAUCUAGGCGCAAGAAUGGAGAAAUCUCUCGUAUGGGGUCGAUAGCCUGUCACAGGCGAGGAAUGCAGUCUAUGUCUCUGAAUAUACAUGGUCAGAGCUCUACUACCCAGAAUGUCCCUCUGUGUGAUGUGAGAUCAAAAUCUGAACUGCAAGAACGUUCCAUGUCUUUUGAUUCAAGUAGCAGAAUGCUGUUUGCUUCCCCAAAGAUAAAUGAACAGGUCUCUGAUGCUGAGACCGUCUCCUUAUUCGAUGUGAGAUCAAAUUCUGAACUGCAGGACCUUUCUCCUUUUUUUUAUCCAAGAAGUAAGAUGGAUUGUAUUGAAUCUAUUUUUGAUGGAAGUUCUUCCAUACGGACCGAAAAGCAAGAAACCAAUGAAUUGGUGACUUCAAGGUUGAAGACAGAGUCAACUGAAACCCUUGGUUCUGUUCUUCCCGAUAAAUUAAAUGAAACUGUGGAUGAUGAUUUGACACAUGGGUCAUUGCAAGAGCAAGGUGCCCCAAAUUCAUCUUCUGUUACUUGGGAUGAAAAGACAGAAAUUAUAAAAUCUGAGUUUCAACAGCAUGAUGAUGAUGAUGACCAGUAUGAAGCCUCAGAGUUGCACACAGUAAGCUCUAGAAUUAGUAAGUUGGGGAAUGAAGCUUCAUCGCUCAGUUAUGCUGAUUCAGAUGAUAUCUUGUUCAUUGAUGAAAACAUUCCCGCAUCAGUUACUGUAGGGAACCAAUUUGAUGAGAUUGAAAGUGAGAUAGAGAAUUACAUGGAUGCACUUAACACCAUGGAAUCAGAAGUUGAAACUGAUUUUGAAUGCCAGACCAAACGAGAAGUAGAUUAUGCCUCGUUCAACUUUGAAGAUACUGAUGUGGAAUGUGUAGCUGGUGAAAUGGUAAAGAUGAUUGGUCAAAAUUCAGAUUCGUCUGAUACUGAACCUUGUCUUCCAUCUUACAGUUCCUCAAACAAAGAAAUGUCUCAGAUCUCCAACAAAUUGAUAGCAGUGGAGAGUUUUCCUACUCCAGAAGGCCCAGGCAGAGUUAACUUUUGUGAAAAUAAUGACAUACUUAAUGAUUCAAUAGAAAAUGGGUUUGAAUCAGUUAACUCUGAUCUAUCACUCUCUGGCAUGCCCAAUUCACAUGCUCCUUUCAGUGACAAGAUUGAAAGCAGCUUGUCCAAAUCUCAAGAAUCAGAUAUUGAAACUUCUAGUACAUCUUCUAUGCCCAAUUCACAUGCACCUUUCAGUGACAAGACUGAAAGCUUCUUAUCCAAAUCUCAAGAAUCGGAUAUUGAAACUUCUACUACAUCUCCCAUGCCCAAUUCACAUGCACCAUUCAGUGACAAGACUGAAAGCUUCUUAUCCAAAUCUCAAGAAUCGGAUAUUGAAACUUCUAGUACAUCUCCCAUGCCGAAUUCACAUGCACCUUUCAGUGACAAGAUUGAAAGCAGCUUGUUCAAAUCUCAAGAAUCGGAUAUCGGAACUUCUAGUACGUCUCCCAUGCCCAGUUCACAUGCACCUUUCAGUGACAAGAUUGAAAGCAGCUUGUCCAAAGCUCAAGAAUCUGAUAUUGGAACUUCUAGUACGUCUCCCAUGCCCAGUUCACAUGCUCCUUUGAGUGACAAGAUUGAAAGCAGCUUGUCCAAAUCUCAAGAAUCGGAUAUUGAAACUUCUAUUGAAACUUCUAGUACAUCUCCCAUGCCCAAUUCACAUGCUCCUUUGAGUGACAAGAUUGAAAGCAGCUUGUUCAAAUCUCAAGAAUCGGAUAUUGGAACUUCUAGUACAUCUCCCAUGCCCAAUUCACAUGCACCUUUCAGUGACAAGAUUGAAAGCAGCUUGUCCAAAUCUCAAGAAUUGGAUAUUGGAAGUUCUAGUACGUCUCCCAUGCCCAGUUCACAUGCUCCUUUGAGUGACAAGAUUGAAAGCAGCUUGUCCAAAUCUCAGGAAUCGGAUAUUGGAAGUUCUAGUACAUCUCCCAUGCCCAAUUCACAUGCACCUUUCAGUGACAAGAUUGAAAGCAGCUUGAACAAAGCUCAAGAAUCGGAUAUUGAAACUUCUAGUACGUCUCCCAUGCCCAAUUCACAUGCUCCUUUGAGUGACAAGAUUGAAAGCAGCUUGUCCAAAUCUCAAGAAUUGGAUAUUGAAACUUCUAGUACAUCUCCAAUUCAGUUCUGGACAAAUGGUGGCUUGUUAGGACUUGAGCCAUCAAAACCUCCAGAUUACCGUUUGCCAAAUGCUCCAAGUCAGAGUUCCCUGGCUGAUUCUAAAGAUGGCUCUAAUGAUGUUUCAAGAAACUGUGUUGUACCAAGAUCCCGUUCUGAUGAAUCUGUGGGGAAACUAGGAAAGAAACUGGACUCUGUGGGAGGAAAACUUAGAUCAUCUGAUAGCAUCAGCCCAGCAGAGGAUCACUUGGUCAGAAAUGUGGAAAACAUGAUCCAAACAAUUGAUCAAUCUCAAUGCUCCACAUUAUGCAAUGAUAAGAAAAAUGAUUGUGGGUCCAGGAAUGAACUUCAUUUUGAAUCCAGUGUCCUGGAAACCAAUAUUGAGAAACCUGAAGUUUCAUGUAACAUCUCUAGUCAUGCACCUGAGUUGCCAGUUGUGCCUGUUGUCAAAACCCCAUUCGAUGAAGCUGGCCAAGAAAAUACUGAGAGUUCAUCUAAUAUGUUUGACCUUGGCCAUAGAUUACUGGUAAAUGGUUUCCGAAGGAAAGCAUCACUCCAUGAAGAGAGAUCUGAACCUGCUUCCUCUGUGAAAAUGAGUCCUGUAAUGUUGCAUGAAUCUCUUCGCAAUGAGCAGAUGAAAGGGAAAGCCCGAGUUGAACAUCAAACCUCUCUUGAAACAACUCCAAAAGAACAGACUGACUGUGAAUCCCCAGAAAACUCACCUUCUUCACCACCUUUAGAACAUAUGAAUAUCUCCUUCCACUCCAUAAAUGGCUUUGAGACUUCCAAAAUGAAACUGAAAUUUCCUGAUGGACAUCAUUUCCAUGAAAGUAUUAGACAUGUUAUAUUUCCUUCAUUCCAGUUACUCCCAGAGCCUUCUACUCAGCAGGAUAUUGACUCUGAGUCCGAUGAUGAUACAUUCUAUAGAUCAUCGCCGUGUACAUCCGAGGAUCGGCUUAGGCAUCAUUCUGAAUCAAGUUCUGAGCAGUGGGAAUCUGGUGACUCCACUGGAAGUGAGGACAAUGAAUUACAUGAUGCUUUACGUAGAAUCUCGUCAGAUGAAUCCAUUUCGGGCUCCUUGGAACAUUUUCAUUCAGGUCCUUCACUUGAUCUUCCAAGUUUUGAUGCUUUGGAUCCUUUAAUGGAUCAGCAUGAAAGUGUAAGCAUUUCUGUUCCAAAGGUUUUACUAGAGCUGCAGUUGCAAUAUCGUAAUGAACCACUGGCACCACAACCUUCACUACCUCCAUUGCAAUGGCGUACAGUGAAGCCCCACUUGGAUGCAGUGGAAGAUAAACAAGGGGCUAUAUCUGAUGUUAUGGAUCAUCCAAAUCAUCAGCUAGUUCCAGGUUCAACCAAUUGUCAGAAUCCCAUUCCAGGUCCACCAAAGCAACCACAUUUUAAGGAGGCCGCUGAAUUUCCUGUAAAUGACAAGGAGUUAAAUGAACAAAGAGAAGCUAGUCAGGCUGCAAACGAAAAGGAAGUGGAUGAGAGGGAAGAUAUAAUGUAUCAAAUCAGAACAAAGCAAUUCAACCUCAAGCGCACAAUGCCUACAAGGCAAUCCCUCACACCAGAUGCACCAACCAAUGUCAAGGUAGCUGCCAUUUUGGAGAAGGCAAAUGCCAUCCGUCAGGCUUGUGUGGGAAGUGACGAGGGAGUAGAUGAGAACUGGAGUGAUGGUUGAUUUUAUCUAUCGGCAUUUUCCAGUUAUUAAUUCAUGGGCUGCCACUCUUAUACCUUGCAAUUGUUGAGUUCCGGAUGAAGCUGUAUCAUAUAUGUAAAUAAUCUCCAGUCAUUUUUUGUAAUCAAAUUUUUAGUGUUUAUGGUAUAUUUUAUGGUUUUUUUUCUUAUCAGUCUCAAAUUAGGCUGUAAACCACAAGCUAAGAUGACUGGUCCAUUAUAAAAUAUCCAGAAUCA